AUCUCGGUGAAUCUCGGCACGGUAGGACGCGAUCGCGGCUGACUCCUUUUUUCCGGUAAAAGGAAGUAAAAAGUAAAGUUAAUCCCGGUACUAACAUUCGUCCCGGGUGUGUUUAAAGUUGGUUCCGAUUGAUUCUUUAUUCCUUCAUUUCCAAAACUAGUGUAAAACGAGCAUAAAGUGAAAUCAUUGACAAAUAGUAAUAAAAAAACACACACACGUACAGAAACAUUCCAUCGUGAGUGUGCAUUAUUUUCGCUUGAUGUGGUAAACGAGUGUUGUGCGAAGUAAUAAAAAAAACCAACAACAUUCAACGCCAAGCAAUGGCGGUUUGGUGAUGGUUAAUCAAACAAGUGACAUGCAAAAGCUGUUAACGGAGCUGCGUCGCUACGGUGUACUGCCAGUGUUUAUCGAGACCGGCGCCCUCACCCGCUCACCAGCCCCGGAUGCGUGAUGUGUACUUAUUCUAUAGUUGGCUCUGGUCACUUUUCGUGAAUCCAUUCGCCCUGAGCCGUUCUACAGUGCUGCGCUAACUUCUAACGAUUCACCAGACGCCCAUCAUCUCCAUCAUCUGAUUGCGUAUUGAACGAUCCUACUUCAGCGUACUCGAUAGACGAACAGCAACUGUUGGGCUUUCGUUUUACUUAUCAAUCAUUUCUCCAUCGACAGUUGGUACAACGUGUGAAAACGGGCUAGAAUUCUAAAAUCACCAGUCAAAUCCACCGAUCGCCUUUGAUGCUUUGAUUUAUUAAUUCCGUAUUGUAUGAACAAUUCGCGUAAUGGAGCGAUGCGACCUACACUUAACGACGUCCAUCUUUGAUAGCCAAUAAGAAGUACGGAAAAUGUGGCGGAUGGUGUUACCAAGCCGGGGGUGAUAAAACAAUUUGCAAAAUCAACAGCAAAUCACUCCCUGUGGGCAGAUUUGCAUUUACAUACAUAUAUUUAUACACAGUAUCUACCCUACAAUACGCGUACCGAGCGUUGUUCCCCCCUCGUAACAAAUGGGUUGUGAAUAUUUGGCAAAAGGUGUGGAAGAGGCUGCUUGAAACAGCUGCACAUCCUGGGUGUCUGGUUAAUUCACCCGUACGGCUUCAUUACGAAGUGAAUUCCCCGUACCGUAACUGUAGUCAGUAGCACUUCACAAUCCACCAGGUCCAGCAGGUCAUCUUUACGACCACUGUUCAAUGUGCCCGCCACCGAUGAGAAGUACGAACGAGCAGCAAAAGCAACGCCGGUGAACGCUUUUAACAAUGUUACGUCCGUACCAGUUGGUGCUCGUGUCCCUGGCGUGCUUCGCGGCUAAUUGCUGCAGUUCCAGCUCGGAGUACUUAAUCAUUCGGCAUGGCCGGUCCCGGGUACGUCACUCGAGCGAGAAGGACCACAUCCGGUGGGGCCUUCAAGUGUUCGACAACUUUACGCUGCUGGACUACGAUGCGGGCGGUAGUGGCUCGGGUGCCGGUUCCGGAGGAGGUGGCGGUGGCGGUGGUGGUGGGGGUGUUGGUGAGGAAGCAGCACAGCCAGCAUCAGGCAAGGAAGGUUCGGUUGGGAGCGUUGGGAAUGGUGCGCGUACCGGAAGUACGCUCACGAUACGGUUUGACGAGUCGGAAGAGCUGGAGCGCAUGAUUGAGGUAAGCGAUUUCGAUAACUUGCGCUUCAGUGCGGCCCGUAACGGUGGUGGUACGAACAACGAGCCGGAAUCGGUACCGCUAACAACUGUCACGACCGGUCGGGAAAGGAAGCUUAUCAAGAAGGAGAUAAUGGAAAACAUUCGCCGGACGGUUGAUAAGGGGCUCGAGUAUUUGAAAUCGCACAACAACCUGGACGAGGUGAAAAUCGAACUCGUCCCAUUCCGGGACGGUACGGCAAAGCACUCGACGGUGGGAAAAAAAUGGCCGGCAGUGGAACCGUCCGGUACAACGAUUGACAGCCGUGAAAGCAAUCGCGCGGAAGAGCAGCCGUACUGGUCAACGAGCAGUACCAUCCCGGCGUCCGUUGCGUCCAGCAGGAAGGGCGUCAACUCGUUGCCAUGGAUAGAUGAAAUUGCUAAAAGCGUCCAGCGUCCGAUCGGUAGUGCUCAAGUGUCCGCAUCCAAUCAACGACUAAUCUCGUUAGACGCGAUUCCACGAACGGUAAACCCACCGCUAACAGGGCCACCCGAACCACAAAACACGGCCAGACAGGCGGGUAUCGACCCGCGUUACUCGGAUUCGAAUGGUUCACCGAACGGUUGGAACCCACCAUCAAGGGUUGUGCCGAAUGGUGGGGAGGAUUAUCCUAAUGACAUGCCGGCGGCCGUUGACAUGGGUAACCACGGACAGGAAGGGUAUGAGACGCAACCGGACGAACCGGAAGAGGAAGAAACUGACACGAACGAACGUCUGAAUGUUGAUGCGCCACAGGAUGAUGAUCCGUUGCUGCAGGACGCGUCCGAACUGGAUGACCCGGUUGAGCAAGAGUUCGAGCAAAAUGUUGAGGAUGGUUCCGAGCUAGACAUUAACAAUGUUUUCCACAUGGAGGAGAUCGAUCUCAGCGAGCUGGAUGAAACGAGCCGCAACAAUCGGCGCAACCUGAUGAAGGGUCAGGACGUGGUAACACAGUUUCUGCAGAUCGUCGAAAGUCAGCAUCUGCUCGGGGCGAACUGUACCGCCGGGACGGCACUCAAUCUCGGUGACGGUGUCGUCGACCGGUACGCGCAGGAUCGGUUUCGCGUCGAGGCAGAAAUUGCCGUCAACCGGGCAAACAUGCUAACGAGAAUAUUCAAGUUCUCGUCCGCGGACGUACAAGCGUCCGAGCACCUGUUGCAUGCGUCCGUCCUGUCGAUGGUUGAGUUUGAUGAUGAUAUUUUUGCCGGCGGAAACUGUUUCGACUGGAACCAGCAUCCGGCGAAGCGUGGUCUGUUCUGCCCGUUCGCUUACCGUCUGCCACCGCCGGACCAGGGCGCAUCGCUCGUCAAGGAUCUGGCGCUCGAGUAUCACUACUUGGGCAACACCUCCGAGUGGUUCUUUCUCGCACGCAAGAACGCGGAAAAGGUCAUCGAGCACAACGAGCAGUAUAUUAAAUCUUUUCACGUCUACACCAACAACACCGAGCGACAGGCGGACGAAAUUCUAUCGGUAAAGUACGAGGAUGGACGGUGGUCGAAACCGUACUACGACUGUGGAGGUGGCAAUAUCUGGAUGCUUACGUACACGGUACCCUUCUUUGGCUACGAGAAUGGGACGUACUUUUUCAAAGGUACAUCUGGCAUCGAUAUCGAUUUAAGGCGCGUCGACAUUGAUCAGUGUCCGCAGAAAAACUCCCCAUCUGGAGCACCACAGCCGCUGAACAUUUUUGCCGGCACGGACAAAUGCAAACAGCGAACGACGGAGUGCACACCCAUCCCCGGGCUGGGCUUUCGGCGUGGUUCCUAUCGGUGUAUCUGCCGAAAGGGAUACUACUUCCCCGAUACGACGAUCGAGCAGAAGUACUUCAACGGUAGCACACUGGAGGAAGAGUAUGAAAAACUUAUGCUGAACGAGUACAGCACCUACAGCAUCCCAAACUCGUACGAAUGUUUACCGUGCGCUGAAGGGUGUGAUUUCUGCGAGGAUGCAUCACCGUGCGUGGCAGCACUGAACUGGCCGAUGCGUACAUCCAUCCUGGUACUAGCCUGUGCCGUCAUCGGGCUACUACCACCGGCUGCAGUGUUUACCUUCAAGUAUCAGCAAGUGAAGGUCGUACGAGCUGCCAGUCCGGCACUGCUGCGCGUAAUUGCAUUGGGUGCAUUUUGCAUUUAUUGUACGUCGGUUGUGAUGUAUCCGCCACCAUCGCUUUACUCCUGUACUGCCCGCAUUUGGUUGCGGGAAAUUGGAUUUUCCUUGACGUACGGGGCACUGAUGUUGAAAACCUGGCGAAUAUCGGUAAUUUUUCGCGUCCGUUCAGCGAAAGCGGUCAAAAUUACGGAUGCGUACCUGCUGAAGCGGCUGGGCGUACUGUGCGGUUUCGUUGGGAUUGCACUGCUGGUCCGGACGUUGGUUGCGCCGCCGGUCGUGAUCGUUGGUCGAACCGCGGACAAUCUGAAAGCAUUCCUGUGCAAAACGGACUGGUGGGAUCAUACCUUCACCUCAAUGGAGGUACUGUUUUUGGCCUGGGGCGUACGGCUCUGCAUCAUGGUACGGAAGGCACCGUCCGAGUUCAACGAAAGCCGCUUCAUAUCGAUGGCGAUCUACAACGAAUUUCUACUGACGUGCUUCCUGAAUGUGUCAAUGUUGUUCCUGCAGUCGCCGGCUAAUCCCGAUUUAUUGUACAUCAUAUUUUUCUGUCACACGCAGCUCACGGUCACGCUACUGUUGGCUUUGAUUUUUGGCAGCAAGGUGUACCUGGUGUUCCGGGGCGGUGGAAAACAUCAGGACGAUCCAACCGGACUCGGCAUCAAACCGUCCGGUGCUAAAUUUAUUAGCCGCUCGCACGGACGAACAUUCGCAAACGCUAGCAGCGUCACGACGUCUACCGCACAGCUCGGAGCCAACAUGGCCAAUGAGGGCCGGCUGACGGAAACAGAAGCACUGGAAGAGUUGAAACUUCUUUACACCCAGCUGCAGCGGCUGUACGAGCGUAUCCCGCAGCGCGGUGCAGCAAUCCUUACCGUCGCCAGCCUGAUGGAAGCUUGCCGUACCACUACGCUACGACCACCACCCGCCAUCGGUGCGCCCAGCCCACUGAAGGCCAUCCAGAGCGCUGGUAUGGCGGGUGCACCCGAUGGCCUAUCGAUGGCGUCAGGUGCAACGGGCAUCUCGACAGCAACACCCACCACCAUCCAAAGGAUGGACAAGAGCACCAACACCAACACGACGUCAACGAUCCCGAACGGUUCGGUGACGACUGCACCCGGAAAUGGGUCAAUCGUUCCGAUGCCUUCGCAGACACGCAUCACCAUCACGGACGAUGCGGACAGCGUGCAGGAAGUGGACCGGGAACGCCACAAACUGGGUGCCCGUUCGAUCGACGGCAGUGACUUCCGGCUGGACCAUCAGCAGCUGCAGUGCAUGUGUAGUGGUUCGGGCGAUGAGGAACCGUACGCCGGCAGGGAAGUGCUUUCUCGCUCGAUGGAGCUGGAUACGGGCAGGCGGAACAAUAAUUGCUGCUGCAGCUGCAGCUGCUGCUCCACGACUCGAACCGUUGGCAAUCGACAGCAGCAGCAGCAGCAGCAGCAGCAACAACAUCGGCGUAAUGAUAGUGUGAUAAAUAAUUCCACCAGUGCCGUGCUGCUGAACAGUGCAAGCGGUGCGGUUAAUUGUAAUUGUAAGAUAAGUGGAGUGAACGACAAAUCCGGUUCCGGUUCCGUGAGCACCGUUGCCGGUCGGCGGAAACCGGAUGUGGACGGUGCGGUGAGUGCGGUACCAUUGCAUAAAGCCAAACAACACACCUCGGAGCUGGUGCUGAACUGUCAGUUCGUUGGUGGGUCGCACGAUGGUGGUGCGGUCGGUGCUGUUGGGCAGGGAUAUGCUGUACCGAACAGUCCCAGCACGGUUGGUGAGCACCGGAAGCAACAGCAACAACAGUGCACGGAACAGCCUCAUCAUCCUGCACCUUCCCAUCCACAUCAUCAGCGUGCCUCCAGCACCAGCGAGUGUGGUGAGUUCAGUACAAAAGCUUUCGAAUCUUGUGAUAAUCUGCUACAUCAGCACCACCACUACCAGCAGCAACCGGCGCACGGCCGGCACAAGCUAGCGGGCAGUGCCGGUGACAGUGUAGAUAGCCACGCCACACAAACCGGCCCAGCAGUGGAACGUACGCUCGGUGGCGGGGUAGCCGGUACCCUUGCCCAGCUUACACCGGCGACGGAUGAGGCCACAAUCCGGUCGGUGAAUCUAGAAAAGUUUAACAAAUUGUACGCCAAUAACAGCAGUAGAAUAGAUAGCCUGAAAGAGCACUUUCUCAUGCGGAACGCGCUCACGACCGCGCUGCAAAAUCUCGAAAUUGAAAAUCGGUCACGGUGUGCGGUAGGUCAUGGGCGCAUCCGACCACGGCAUGCGAGCGAUGACGAUGGUCCAGAAGGUACGGUCGGCAUAAUGGAACCGCGCGAUGUACCGACGGUGAAGGGGGAUGAUGAUCCGUCGCAACGUAACGUUGCCCGUGGGACGAUGAUUCCCACGGUCAGUAAUCCCGGUGCGGAUGAUGCAAUCAAUAGUAAAUGCAAUAGUAGCAAUAGUAGCACCAGUAGCUGUAAUAGUAGCAAAAGCAGUGGUAGUAAUAAACGAAACAACAAUGAUAACAGCAACAGUAGUAGUAGAAACAGCAACAGUACUAACAACAGUGCCAACACACCGGAAACAUCUACUGCUGGAGAGGGUGGCGGUGUUGCUGGUGACGGUGGAGAGGCAGGCAGUGGAGCAAGUGGGAGUGCCGAUCUCGGUAGCUCUAGUGGUGGUGUAAACAAGAAGAAAAAAUCGCCCGAAAAGCGUCUCGUUAUCGAUUUGAACGAUCGUUCCAAAUACACGGAAGAGGUGUCGGUAUGAGUAUGCUAGAAAUUGAUCACGAGUAAGAGAACAUAAAUGUAAAUUUUGCAAACAGAAUGUGAGGCGACCAUGGCACACAUAGACACCUUCGUCGAACAGAUAGAAGGGCAGUACCACAAACACACACACACACUCAAACCGAAACGAUUGAAAAAACUAACGAAACAAAAACGAAAACAGCACAAUCAAACUUCUUUAGCCGAAUGGAUACUGACGCGUCCGCUAGGGAGCAACACCAUGUGGACACUUUCGUUCUGUUUUGCACUUUUAUUGUCCAUAGCCGUCGCCGCAGAAAAGACAUCGCUAUCGAUUCAUUCUUUUCUGCUCUUCCCCUUAACUCUUAAUCGCAUUUUCAUCCUACCUCCCCACAGAAAAGAUUAGAGUGGUAUCGGUUACUAUUAAAGUCGAAACUGUCGGUAAAGCUGUCAUCAAGUUUGGUUGUGUUUCAUUUUUAUCAUCUCUUUCUGUUUUA